AUGUCAGAAACAGAACAACCUUCAACUUCCGACGGAUUAGAUAUUGGAGAAACGAAAGGAGCUACAUCAAUGAACGACGUAACACGUAAAGUAUUAAUGCCAGUCGAUGGAAGUGAACAUAGUGAAAGAGCAUUCAAUUGGUAUAUGGAUAAUCUUAUGAAAACAACUGAUGGUUUAUAUCUGGUUCAUAUUGUAGAACCGUUAUCACAAGGAUUGAAUUACAAUCUUGCAAGUAAAUCUCCCUCUAUAAAAGAUGAUUUUUCAAAACAUCUAAAUUCUCUUGUUGAAUCUGGUCGUGCAUUACGUGCUAAAUUUUUUACACGUUGUGAAGAUAGUGGUUUAUCAGCAAGAUUUACCAUACAUGUUGGUACAAAACCAGGUGA